AUGUCUGCUUUACCAACUUCAAACGCGCGCCAGGCCACCAGCGAGGAUGCGCCUGAGGCUGCAGAAAUGUCACAGUCUACUAACAAUGGCGGACCUAGCGAAGAUGACCCUAUAAUAGACCACAAUACGAGUGAAGGACAAGCAGAAGUUAUAAGGAUUCUGCGUUGGCCGGCAUGGGCCUACUAUAAAAUCCUCAAUCUUGAAGAGAAUGCGGAAGAGUCGCAGAUUAGGCAGGCUUAUCGUAAGAGGUCGAUGCUGGCCCACCCCGAUCGGAACACUGAUCCAGAUGCGAACGAAGUCAUGCAAAGAAUCAACAAGGCGCAUGAUAUUCUCUCUGAUCCGAGAAAACGCUCGGACUACGACAAUCACGAGCUUAAGCAGCACAAAGAUCAAAACGAACUUGUUCAAAACGAUACUGGGGAGCGUUUUGCUCAGAAUGCGUACAAUGGAAAUGGCAAUGGCAAUGGCAAUGGCGAUGACAGCGAUGACAGCGAUGACAGCGAUGACGACGAGGACGACGAGGACGGUCCCCUGAGCGAUGAAAAGACAAAACUGCUGGGGGAUAUGGAACCUCUGGUUAAGCAAUAUUUUGAAUCCCGGGACAAUCGUUUGUACCAGAAUCUGAGCGAAUUGGGGGAAAAAAUGAAAGAGCUAAAUAAAAAGGAGAAUAAAGACCGUAACGACAAGGGAAAGGAUCCAAUUUCGGUCCUUAGUCACACCCCUCCACUAGUACCGAUCAAAAAAAGGAGUAAGCGGCUACAUAAGCAAUUAGCAACGCUUCGCGACCCUAAUCAGAGCCCAAUUGAGGUAGAGAAAGUCACGGAUGAGAUCAAGCGUGAUCGGGAGGCGUUUGCGAGCAUACUGCAAGGCUUAGACCUUCCCGCCAGCUGGCUGUAUGAUAUGCCACCCAUGCCUACUCUUUCUGUGAGACCUCAACAAUCCAGCGCUAGGAACGGACAGACUGGUAAUGCGACUACGUCAUCCGGUUCGAACGCCUCAGACGGACAGACUGGUAAUGCGUCUACGUCAUCCGGUUCGAAUGCCACAAACGGACAAGGUAGUAAUCAAGUGGUCGGCGACUAUCGUCCCGGUGAAACGACAGCCUCAGGUAAAAGGAUCCUUGCCUACAGAUCACGUAAAAUCACUGGUAUACCUAUUCGGGGUGGGAGGAAAGAACCAGAACCGUUUGUAGAUCCAGUGGGCACAAAAUUCGUGGUUGAGGAAACUCAAUUACCAAACAAGAUUUCGAUACUUAGCUGCGUGGAGGUAGGGUUGGAAGCUGCUAUGGCCUACAUAGCGCGUCCUGAGAACGAAAAAAUCGAACUCAGAUAUGGCGCCGACAAUUGCGAUAAAGAACAAGGUUUGAGAUUUAGUCAUAUUUUAGGUAUUGCACAGGACAGAGAAAUUGGUCAAAACGUAAAACGUCCCUGGAUGGUUAUAAUGGCUGAAAUUGACGAGAAACCCAAGUUUACCAACCGCUCUGGAAUGGAACGUAUGCUAGGCAGCACUUCAUCAGAUAGAUUGAUCGACAAUUUCCUCGAAAGCAUAAACCUACCGCCAACUCCUCGUAGAACAAAACAAGGUCAUCGAUUGCUCACUCAGGGCGAACAAGGCAGCAACAUGAAACCAUAUUACCUGAGAUACCGUACGCCAAGGCCAAACUAUCUGGAUUCUGACGAGCUCAAUCCAUAUCCCUAUCCCCUUCUUGGUAGAGAGGCAAUGGAUGUUCACAACAUCAAUAGUGGCAGGAACGGGAAUCGGCAAUACGCACAUACAGGAGGGGGAUUGGAUGCACGCCCCGAAUAUUAUGAACAUUCCCAACCUCACCAUUCAGUACACAGCACCCGGCCAGUGCAGUUUGAAUCGCGCAUAAGGAAUGUUCGCAAUAGCGGCAGGGGUAUGAAUCAGCCACAAGAAGAAGGUUCUGCAAUGGAAUUGGAUCCUCCUGUCGGAUCUAUUGGAUAUGGCCAAGCCCAUCGUCCAGGGCCAAUGCCAGCGCCAGUACCUACGGCCGCAUCGGUGCAGUCUGACUCGGGCAGAGGCAAUAAUGAACCUCCACCUGCCAUGACAUUCAACAAUCAACAACAGACGAGCGUUCCACCCAACAAUGAGUUUGUAACUCAAACGGAAUUAGGCCUUACGGAUCAACGAAUAGUGCAACAAAUGAUGCAACAAAUGAUGCAACAAAUGAUGCAACAAUUCCAAAAUAUGAUCUUGCAGCACCCUCAACCGACCCAGGAACAUGGACGCAUUCAGGAUGUAUAG